AUUGUUGACAUUAGUAACGAAAUUGCAAAAGGGUUAUGUCUAUUUGGUUGGAAAAAGAAUUGGAAUUAAAUCGAAAAUAUGACGAAUUACUGCAAAGACGCGAAGCUCUCUUAAGAGGUACUGAGCGAUAUUUCGAUUCUCAGAUGAGAAAAUCAUUUUCAUUUGUGUCAAGUUAUGAAAAAGCGAGGGAAAGAAAUAACCAAAUAUGUGCACGUAUAGAAGAAUUAUCACAAGACACGUUUGAGAUAAAUUUAGAAGAUACACCAAAAUUUAAAACAGUGAGGAAAAAUUAUUUGGCAAUGAUGAGAAAGACUUAUCAACUCUGGUGUGAUGAAAGCUAUGAUAAGUCAUACAGGAGGGGAAGUCAUACACCGUCACCGCCUCCUGGGAGACGAUCAGGUGGCAGCCCAAGAAGAUUAACCCCACGGUCAAGAACGCCCAGCCCAUCACAAAAAAGGUUAUGA